CUCUUCUUCCUUGAAUCCUUCUUCUCUCUCUCCUUGUUGUCUCGACUUUGCAUUCCCCGCCUUGUUACGCGCCCCACACCUGACUGCCCGACUAGCGACAUGGCGCCUCCGAGGGCCUCUUCAAAAGCGGCGCGCAUGCUGGGCAUCCCAGACUUCCCUCCGCUCUCGCCUCAAGACGCAACCUCGCCGACCCAGCGCCGCCAGUCCGUCACGAGCAUCGACGACGACGACGCGCAGGACCACCUCAGCUACGCGAGCUCGGAAAAGACCUCGGCCAAGAGCUCGUUCCGCAUGACAGUGUCAACCGUUGCCUCCGCAUCUACCGCGGCGUCCGAAUACUCGUUCAACGUGCCAGAGGACUCCGGCGUCUCCCCGGUUGGCACCCUCAAGAUGGACCAGAUGCUGCAUGGCGACCGAACGCGCACACUUCUGCCCAAACGCUCCCUCCCUUCCCUCCUCCCCUCACAAUACUCGCGGACGAUGGAGGCGCCACCGAAGGUGCCCUCUGCUCGCGACGCCGGCCGGAGCGAUGACGCAGCACUCGCUCAUCCCUCCAGCCCCGACGCCACCGCCGACGAAGGCAGCGCGAGCCGCCGCCGUUCGCAUGGCGACGACGCAAACCACCCCCAUUCAGCCACCACAUCAUGGCCCACCUUCGAGACGCAGCCCCGUGCGCGCGCACGGCCCGCAUCACCCUCCCCAUCGACCUUCCCAUCAGCGACCCUCCCACCCAACCUGGGGCGGCCCCUACGCCCGUCUCCGAAGACCGUAGCCGCGCUCCUCUCUUCGCGUCCCGCGGCGAGUGUGGAGAACCUCCCCCUCCCCGAUGUAGCAUCAGAUUCCGACCCCCUGUCCCCCCUGCCCCUGUCCGCGUUCCCCCUGCCGCCGACCACGAUCCCUAUCCCGCCUCCUCUCCCCGCGAUCUCGGCACAUCGGGAGCGGCCACCAUCGCCGCUGACGGCUGGUCUUCCGGCGAGGAGGCCACCGAGGCCACAGCGAGCCCCAAGGAGGCCGUCGACGGCAGAUGUGACGGUGCCGGGGGUGAGCUCGUUCCCCAGUCGCUCGUCGACAGCAGAUAGCUUCUAUGGCGCCUCAACGUCGUCCGCGACGUCCAGCCGCCAUGCGCCGUCAGAAUGGACUGACCCUGUCCGUCCUGCCACACCCAACGAGAGGCGUAUCCUCCACCCGCCACCGACUGCGCCUCUACCUCCUCCAUCCGCGCCACUACCCUCUGCGCCACUUCCAUCGCGACCUGCCGCACCCGCUCGGCGUCCCCCACUCGCCGCCCCUUCCGGUAAGGCCGCGUUGCUCCUCGGUGUUGGCGAGCCCGGCCGGCCAGCCACGCCCGAAGCGCACAAGAAGCAUCAGCACCGACUCCUCCGCAAAUUCAUGCCGCGCCCUCACACUGCCGACUCCGACCACCAUGCGCCCGACUUUGGGUCCAACCAUAACCACGGCGCAAAGGCCGACCACAAUCACGGUGCGAAGGCUGGAUAUUACCCCACGGAGAACGCCGCCCUGGCAGCGAAGCGCGAGGCGGAGCGCAUCCGGCACGACGCGGAGGUCAGGCGCGCGCUGCAUGCGUUUGUGUCUGCGGACCCGCACCCGGACUGGCCGCCGAAGGUGAAGAAGCCAAAGCAGACGGGGUCGAGCGCGGCGAUGAAGGGGAGAUCCGGCUGGUGGUAAGACCCACGAACCACAGCGCAAAUGUAAACACGUACCGAUCCGUGCCUUCGCAUGCUCUCUUUGAAUCCAGACAAUCCAACUUUGUACUCUUACCGUUCUUUGGCAGGGGGUCCCUUCACUUCACUCUCCAACUAUUCCUCGUUCUUCAUCUAUCGCCCGGACUUUAUCUAUCCUCUUAACCUCUGCGUGUAAUGGGUUUUGUGCCAUCUG